GCUCAGGAGAAGGGAGAAGCUUCAGGAUUUCUUGUUCGGGAAAUAAAUGUGAGACAACUUGUAGCAUUUACAAACCAUCAGAAUGAAGGAGAUCAUCUUCUUGCUGCUCCUAUUGCACUUACAGAGUGGUAGUGUUGGAUUUAACACUCCAGGAAAGCUCUGGACCACAGGACAGGAUGGUGAAACCCAGACAAGUCACUCAGACUUGACUCCAUCUUCGACCACAAUCACAGGGUCACGCCAUUCGGAAAUCCAAGCUGACAAAGUGAGUGCCUUACAGGGGCCUCCUUUUGCAUCUUCAGGCAAGAAUCUGGGAAUGAAAGCAGUGAAGAAAAUUUCAAGUCUGACAACACCUACCCCUGCAAUGCAGUCAAGUGAUGGAGACUCUGACAGAGACAAGAUGGGAAGCUCAUCCAGUAGCAAAGGGACAACUCUACAAAGCAAUGCUAGAGAGGUCCCUCUCCAGCAAGGGAUCACUACAAGCCGGGCUACAGCUCCAGGGAACAGAUCUACCAAGCAGUCUUCCCACAGCACUGGCAUCACCAGCACCCAGCAGGAUGCCAACUCCAAAGCAUCUGGCUUUGAAACUACCAGGGGAAGAAAUUGGUGUGCUUAUGUCCAUACCAGACUCCUACCUACGGUGGUAGUGGACAACCUGGAAACCUUCUCAUCAGGCAGAGCGAAGCCUUGCACUUGGCAUAUUGGAUCAUGUGCUCAGAGGUCCCAGACAACAACACACCAAGCCUACAGGAUCAAACAUAAAAUAGUAACAUCGCUGGAGUGGAAGUGCUGUCCUGGGCAAAACUGCCAACCCAAAGCUCAAGAACAACAAUCAGUUAUACAUAGCAACCAGGCUGAAAGCAGCAGAACUGUCAUUGAGAGGACACCAGGAGCUCCUCAGGACCCCAGUGGGCCAGCACUUACACAAAAAAUGAACGAGAAGAUUAGCAGUCAAGAGAUGAAACUGACUUUUCUACAGAAGAAGGUUGACAGCAUUGCUGCUGCAAUGAAUGAUGCGAGCAAGAUGCUUUCUUCUCUGGAAGGCAAAAUCAAUGAAGAUAAGGGCAGAGACUUCCAGUCUUUUCUAAAAGGUCUCAAAUCCAGAAGUAUCAAUGAAUUAGUUAAAGACAUAGUCAGAGAACACUUUAAAGUAUUUCAAGGGGAAAUGCAAGAGAGCAUGGCUCAAAUUUUCAAGACUGUGUCUAGUUUGUCAGGUGAGCUUGAAAAUAUAAAAGAAUUAGUCAAGCACCUGAAUGAAAGCCAACAAAAAUUUGCUCAGGAGAAUGACAGUGGGCCAACAAGACUUGACAUUCUGGAGCUAAAGAGUCACAUGGUGCAGAUGAAAGAAGAAAUGGCCCUCUCUUGUGACAAGCCUAUGAAAGCUUUACAAGAAAAGCAGAAGUCAUUGGAAAUUAACUUGGAGCACCAACAGUCAAGAAGUGCCAUUUAUUAUGAAUCUUUAAAUAGGACUCUUACUGAAAUAAGAGAUGCUCAUGAACAACUGUUAUCAGCUGAACAGUCUUCAAGACAAAGCAUCCCUUCAGCAGAUAAAGUCAUGGAGUACAAUCUUACAGAGUACAUGUUCACACUGCAUGAGAAAGUAAAGAAACAAGGCAUGAUGGUGCUGGAGAUCUAUGAUGAUUUAAGAGUCCAAGACAGCAAGAUCAGCAAUCUCAGUGUUGCACUGGAAAUUCAGAGAGACUCUGUUCUGGGGGUCUGUGAUGACAUGUUGUCAGAGAGCAGAACAAAUUUCCAAACACAGCUGGCAGCAACCCAAGAGAACAUGCUUGUCCUAAACAAGAGUCUCUCUGACCUGUUCCUACCACUGGACAAUAAGAUGGACAAAAUGAAUGAGCAAAUUAAUGAUUUGUGCUAUGAUAUGGAAAUCUUGCAACCCUUGAUUGAACAAGGGGUACCUUUUAGUCUAACUGCAGAGUAUGAACAACAAAUUCAAGUUAAAGAUAUCAAUGAGAAGCUUGAAAACCUUACUACUGUCAUUGACAUAAUGAGUUCUGCAAUGAAGGAGCUUUCCAAAACUCAGGAAGGACUUAAAAAUGAGUCUCAGGCUUAUCAGGAACUGUUUGAGAGUCGUGUUAAUGAAUGCUCCAUGGAAAUAGAGGAUGGCUUAAACAAGACCAUGAUAGUAAUAAACACUGCCGUUGAUUCUAUUCAAGAUAACUAUGUGCUGAAAGAUACGCUACAUGCUCUAAGAAAUGAGACUGAAAUCUGCUGUGGCAGAGCUGAGAAACUGGACAGCAUCCUGGCUUUCAUUCCCCAGUUCCAACAAUUGAAUGAAUCCCUCCAGACACUGCUCAAUAACAAGAAGUAUGAAUUCACUUCACAAGUAGCGCCAUCUCUUUCUGAUCUUCUGUACAAGGAGUCUGACAAAAGUAUCCUCCACAAUUUCAGUAGACUUCUCUACAUCUUAAAUGAUACAGCAUCAAAAGUGGAAAAUCAGCAACAAGAUAUCAGCCGCCUGGAAGAAAAACUACUUGACUCUGUGGAGCAAUCAAAGGACCACGAGGUCCGCCUUCUGAACGUAGAGUCAAAAAUUUCCAAGUUUUUGGCAAACAACUGUGUCUCACUGAAAAGAACCAGUGCUGCCACAACAGAGAAAGAACAGGUGGUCUCACUUCAGCUCCAGACACUGAGUUCCAGGAUCAGGGCCCUGGAAGCCAAGUCGAUCCGUUUCUCAAACGUCAUCCCACUUGUGAACAAGACGGCUCAUGAGGCCUGGGGGUUGUGUCAGGUUGCCAACAACAGCAUCCAGAGAGUUAAUGCGAGUAUCCCCGUGCUAAUUAAAUCUGCUCAGCCAGAUAUACCCCUGCUGCAGAGAGGCCUCAAAGAGCUCAUUGAAUCUGUCCUUGAAGUAAAAGCAGGAACUAUUUUGACAAAUUUAACCCAGCAUGUUGACAUAUCAGUGGCAAAUGCAGUGAACAAUAUCACCAAAUUCCAGAAGCAGAUGAAGCCAGUUAUAAAGAAACCAGCCCCAGCAAAAAAAAUAGCAGCAAACAUCACCAUGAGCCUGGCAAGCCGAAGUCAAAGAAACACGGAUAAUACCAUAGAUCCAGGCCAGUAUUCAGCUUGUGUCAGUUCCCCGUGCCAGAAUGGAGGAACCUGUAUCAAUGACAGACAGAGUUUUAUUUGCGCUUGUCGCCACCCCUUUGGAGGAGUCAACUGCAGCGUGAAGCUGGGGAACGACAAUUCCCUGAGUGUCGAUUUUUCAAAAGGAUCAUACAGAUAUGCACCUAUGGUGGCAUUUUUUGCAUCUCAUACAUAUGGAAUGACAACUCCAGGACCCAUCAGAUUUAACAAUCUGGAUGUCAACUAUGGCGCUUCAUUUGCUCCAGCAACUGGAAAGUUCCAUGUUCCAUAUCUGGGGGUCUAUGUUUUUGAAUAUACCAUUGAAUCAUUUAGUCCACGUGCCUCUGGCUAUCUGGUCAUUGAUGGAAUAGACAAACUCACUUUUCAGGCUGAAAAUAUUAAUAGUAACAAGUACACUGACAGAGUAAUUACUGGAAACGCUUUAUUAGAGUUAAAUUAUGGUCAGGAAGUCUGGCUCAGAUUGGCAACUGGCUCUAUACCAGCCAAGUAUCCACCAGUAACCACAUUUAGUGGUUACUUGUUGUAUCGUACCUAAGUCAGUCAUAAAUGUAAGCAGUUAGUCAAAUGAAGCAACCUGCAUGUGAAUUUAGCUUUACCUUUAAAUACUUUGUUUCUUUAACUACAGUAAGUUUCUGAAAGUAAUCAGUGUAAUGGCAUUUGUCGUGCUGAUUCUCCAAGAUGUUGUUUGGUUGUAGCCAUGUGCACAACCACCAAGAGUCAACAGGUUGGAGAUGAAGGAAAAAUAAGCAUCUUCCCUAUUUAGACAUGACUGGGAAGCAUAAAUCUAAUUAUGAUCUACAGUUACAUUGCAUAGACAUACUUACUUACACAAGGUUGCUGAGAAUCAGUUCUCAAUACAAAGCUGGUUUUGAUUAUUCCUUUACACCCUGAUUGCAUACCAAAAGUGAUGGAUAGAUUUUGAUGACUUAGAUGCUGGGUUACUACUUAGCUCAUUGUAUCAAUAAUAAUCAUGGGUAUAUAAUCUGUUUGGAAAAAAAUAUGUUUCUUUUUCAUUUUGCCUAACAUUAUUCACCACAUACUUUGAUAUGGCAGCAUUUAAUCAAUUCAUGUUUUUUUAUGUAACCAGUAUAAUAACAAACUGAGGGGUUUUUUUAUCUGGCAGCAAAAACAGAGAGAGAUACCUUCAGAUUAGAAAUAAGGUACUCAUUUUUAGCACUGAAUAUAAGUAGUCAUAGGACAAAAGACCAAAAUAGAUCUGGUGGAUUCUCUUUGUUGCUGAAAUAUUUAAACCACAGCUGGAUUUACCUUAGGUGAUAAGUUUUAGGGCAAACAUAUUGGCUUCACACACAUUUUAGCAUUUGACCUAUAAUGUACACAAGGUUAAAUGAUAUAACCAAAGUGUUUUCUAAGUUUGACCUCUGUAAGUCUAUGAUUUUUUUGUUUCUGCAUUAUAUUCACUAACUAUUGAGGCAAGAUGAAAUGAACUUCAGUCUUCAUGUGAUUCUUCAAGCAUCAGUCCAAAAAAAAAUUAUUUUUA